ACCGUUGACGUUCCGGACAGGCAAUGGCAUCGCUGCGGGGACCCCAGUCUCGACUGCUGGAAGAGACCUGGCGGGGAGGCGACACUCGCGGGCCCGCCCUGGUCCUCUACCACGUGACACCCGGCCGGGUCUUCCACUCCCACCUCGGCGACGACGCCUUCCUCCCGACGCUGCUCGGAGCGAAGACGAUCCGGAUCGACCGCUUUCCCAACGGCCUCCGAAGACCACUCAUUUCCGCUCGGCCUCAUGAGACACAGAAUCUCAUUCGAGCUGUUGGAAGCUCGCAGCAGCGAAAACAAAACGCAAAACGACGCAGAAACCGGAAUAUCCGUCGUUUGAUCCAUCCUGCAAGACGCGAUAACGAGGUCGUCAGGCGAGCGACAAAGGGGCGGGGCCUGUUUGUGACGUACCGACGACGUCAUCCAAUUCCCGACCCGGGAGCUCGCGCCCUCCGUCACGAGCAGGGAACCGAGGGUCGAAGAUGGACGCGGCGCAGGUGGGACCUCGUCUCGUCCGUCGUCGGAGGUUGGAGAGGGUGUUGGGAUACCUUUUAUCGCCUGAUCCUAUGCUUCCACGAAACCUCGGUCGAUCUUCCUCCUCCUCCUGGAGGAGAAAGAUCUCCUGUCGAGUGUCGGCAUGGAAUCGCUCGAGAGCGUGGGGCUGGGAACGUCCUUCCUCCACCGUACGCUCCGAACGACCGCGGAGAUUUCGCCGCGGAUAAAGACCGGCCGACGUCGACGAUGUCGCUCGUGCAGCUGGUGACGGUGAACUGCAUCCCGCUGCUGCACUGGGACCUGGAGGCGAAGGGCGGGGUCGUCCACGUCCUGCAGGAGGCGCUGGACCCUUCCACGACCGACGUCAGUCUCAUGGACGUCGUGCUGCGGGACUCGCGACUCCAGACCUUCGCGACUCUGCUCGUCCAGGCUCAGCUGACGCACCGGCUUCGGGAUCCGGGCACGCUCACCGUGUUUGCUCCCACCGAGGAGGCUUUCGCUCGGCUCCCGACGAAUUUCCUCGAGAACAUCCUCUACGAUCCCUCCGCCGUCCAGGGUGAGAGCGAGGAACCUGCCUGGUUCAGCCUUCAUCUCUUGCUGUCUUUCGCCCUGAUGGAGAACCACCUGACCCACGGCGCCCGCUGCACCUCCACCCUCACCGACAAGAACGCGGUCGCCACGCUCGAAGGACGGGAUCCCCUGACAGCCUCCUGCAACGCCAGCCACCGCUUCGUCGGUCCGGACCAGGCCCUCAUCGUGCAGGGGAACGUCCCGGCCUCCAACGGCUUCCUGCACGUCAUCGACCGCGUGCUCAUUCCGCGGAAAGGUAAGGUCGUCCUCGUGCGGCGCGAUCGUGUCGAGUGCUGGAUCCUUGGGGAUCCGGGAAUCGGUCGAAUCGUGUACCGGCAGGUUAAUCGACUUACUGGGUCCCAGCACGAUGCAAUUGAAAGCCGGCGGAACUCGUGUCGCAUUGCAGCGAAGUCGCUGUGGGAGAUCGCGGCGGAGUUGAAGCUGAACACUUUCCUCUCCCUGUUGAAACCGGCGGGUCUGGACGUGGUCCUUCGGGAGUUGGGGAAGACGACCAUCUUCGCCCCCACCGACGCCGCCUUCGCCGGUCUGCUUCUGAGCUCUUUCCGGCGCCUCGUUCAAGUGGGAUUCUCGCGAGAAUUGCGGAACGACUUCUCGCUUCGAAUCGCGGUCAUCCGGAGGGAUUCGGCACGUGCAGUCGGUUCGUGGAGCCAAAUGCAACUGGCGAAUCCGUUCGGAUGGGGCCGCGACGCGCCGCGUCGUGCUCGUGCCCUCUCGCGAUUUUUCUCGCGGAUUCCCGCUCUCGCGACGCGCCGCCACUCUCACGCGAAUCCCCCCCCCACGCCCUCUGACUUCGAUCGGGUCCACGUCGAAGAGGUGGGGAACGAGACGCUGACGGGGGAGCCGACGAAGCUGAGGGCGCUGCUGCUGGGUCACAUGGUGCACGGGAGCCACGCGUCGCAGGGGAUGUCAGACGGGCAGGCCCUGCAGUCGAGGAGGCUCGGUCGGCUCAGGGUCAAGACGGGGAGGAAGCUGAAGAGCGUCGAGGACGCCCUCGUUUUGGUGUCGGACAUGGAAGGGCUGAACGGGGUGAUCCACGUGGUGGACAAGGUCAUCAUCCCUCCCAAGGUCACCAUCGGGGAAUACCUUCGCAAUCACCCCAAUCUCACCCAGUUCCUCGAGGCUCUCAACGCGACGGAAGAUCUGAUGAGAAAGCUCGAUUCGGAUCCCGGGCCCUUCACGGUGUUGGCCAUGGAGAACCUCGACCCCGUGGAAUCGGCCAGGGAAUAUUACACGUUCCAGAGGGUGUCCAAGGCCACCGACCUGCUGCACUUGGUGAGGAACCACGUGGUGGAGGACCUGAUCCUGCUCCGCGGCCUGGACGACGAAGUCUACUACGAGUUCCGGAACCUGAACGGCGAGCCGAUCUUCGUGCGGAAGGAAGGAGGCAGCGUCUCGGCGGGGAUCGGCUCGGUCUCGCCGCGGGGGAGGGACGUCCUCUGCGCGAACGGGGUCGUGCAGCAUGUGGAUCGGUUAGGGUUCGAAUGCAUGAAAAAUGGAUUCAUUCGCUUUCGUUGUCGCGGGGGAGUCCAGUCGCAGCUGGCUUCCGUGAUGAAUCGCAAGCAGAUCCUUCUUCGACGUGCGUUGUCGUUGGGGUUCGGGGGGUCCUGGGGUUUCCUUCACGGCUGCCUCAUCGGGUACACGACCGUCUUCGUCCACGACUAUCUCAAGGAUCCGGAUCGGCCUUUCACGCUCGACAUUUGGCAGCGAGACCUCUUCGCGAAUCCGGGGGACCCAGGGAGCAUGAUCCACUUGGGGACGCUACUGGGGUUCCUGGGGUCCUGGAUCCUCACGAGCGCGCUGGGACGGAAGUGGUGCGUCAUCGCCUGCCUCCUUCCGUAUGGGGUCGGGUGGGUGGUGGUCGCCCUCGCGAGGAGUCCGUUCAUGCUGCAAGCGGGUCGGUUCAUCUCGGGGUUCUUCCUGCUCACGUAUCCGGCGACGCAGCUGCACAUGAUGGAGUCGUUCUAUCCGAGGCGGGUGCCGAAGCAGAUGGCGGUCUCGCCGAUCGCCGUCGUCUUGGGGAUAUUGGUCACGUAUGCGCUGGGGUUGGUGCUGUCCUGGAAGCAUCUGGCCAUCUGCAAUGCCGUCAUGGUCGUCCCGUUGGCCGUGCUCUUUCCUUUCUUGCCGCAGAGUCCUUUCCUCCUUGCGGCGAAGGGGGAACACGAGAUGGCGCUGGAUGCCAUCGAGUGGUACGGCGUGGAGACGCAUAUGGCAAAGAUGAUCCUCAAGGCCAUUCAGGUGCGGCUGAAGACGCGAGACAACAGUACGUUCGAUCUGCAAGUGCGGAAAUGGUUCACCCGGGAGAUGGUGGGUCCAGUGUCCAAGAUCUUCUUCCUCAUGGGACUCCGCCUCUUCACGGGAUUCCUUCCGUUGAUGACGCACUGCAUGGAGAUCUUCGAGUCGGCGGGCGGCAACGUGAACCCUGCGAACGGUGCGAUCGCGUCCGCGGCGGUCGCCCUCUUCUUCCACAUCGUCUCGGUGGCCCUCGUCCGCGAGGGCGAGCGGAAGAUUCUCACCUGCUGGUCCGGGAUCGUCAUGGGCGUGGCGGAGUUCGUCUUCGCCUUCUCCUUCCACGUGAAGGAGUGUCCUUCGUCUUUCCCAAAGGGCGCGGAGGAGAACAUCGGCCUCCUGCCGCUCUUCAGCUUCUCCUCCUUCGCAAUGGGAUAUUCCAUCGGGGUGUCCACGAGCAUGCUCAACCGGAUGGAGGCGAUACUGCCUCAGACCGAACGGGGUCAGUUUCACUGGAUCAUCGGGAUGUCCAACGCCCUCUUCAGCUUCAUCGCCUUGCACGUCCUCUUCCCGUUGAGGCUGUCCAUCGGGACCAGCUGGACCCUCUGGCUCUUCACGCUCAUCUGCUUCCUGCUUUCUUAUUGCUGCGCCGUCAUACUUCCCUCCCCGUCCCUCGAGGAAGAGGGAGAAUAUUUGGAAGGAUGGUUCAUGUCCACGAGGAGGGAAAGCGAGUUUCCUGCUGCAGGGGACGACGACCGGGCCUAUGACAAUCUGGGAUACGUUUUCGAUGAAGCGGAUUCUCGUCGUCGUAUGAUGUCUACGAUUUUCACUUCGAGUUAA